AUGACUGCGUGGGCGGCAUUACUAGAAUUUGCUAAGAUGAAAACCGGAGAAAGGGUGCUCAUUGUGGGCGGUGACGAAAUAAUUGGUUAUUCAGCAAUUCAGCUUGCUGUGGCUCACGGAUGCCACAUCGUGACCAUAUGUCGUGGUGAAAACAUUGCUCUAGUGUUAGCAGCUGGCGCUAACCAGGCAGUUGACUGCUUGAGCGAGGACAUCCAAUUGGCAGUUAAAGGGAAAUUUGAUGUUGUUUUCGAUACUAUCGGUGUAGCAAGGACCGAGAGAAUAGGCCUCGGUCUUCUGAAAAGAGGAGAGAGAAUAAGCCUCAGUCUUCUGAAAAGAGGAGGACGCUAUGUCAACCUCAAGGAGAAUGUUCCACUGGAUCAUCCUGAUAAUUUGAUUUACCCAUUUAGAGAUAACUUGGAGUUGAUUGCAGAUCUCUACAAAAAUCUUGGAAUAGGUAUGGUGUCCAGCUAG